CUGGCCAGCAUGAGCACGACGAAGCUGUGGAAAUCGUUUCCGUUACAUUAAUUUUGAUACUCAAACUCUUUUACUCUGUGACGAUGACUUUUACACUUACAAAACAUGAGAGUCACAACGGCCACUUACGCGAGUGACUCUUCUAUAGGCGUUAGCUCUAUUAUUCUAUGCUAUCAGAACCAAAAUCUUAUGUUCUGGUGCUAGUGCAUUUUCAUUCACAUAGUUCAAUUUGCUCUUCAUUACACUCCUCACUGAAUUAUGGCUGUAAACGACGACGAAAGUCCCAUGAACCCUAUUCUUGAAGAAACCUUCUACAUAUUGUCAAAGAAAAAUUGUGUGUAUAAGGUUAAGUUAUUGAAGGUUGGAAUUUGCUUGCAGAAAGAGCGAAAUGGUCUACUAACAUCUGAAAUUGUAUUAUUGGAUGAUAUCAUUGGGAGUCGAUGUAUGAGAAGCAAGCGCCGCGCCAGUGAUAAUUGCGUUUGUGGACCAACCUCUAAUUUUAAAAGUGAUCCGCAGGUAGUGGAUUUAAAUUCACUUGAUGGUGAUGAAAAUGAUAUUAGUGCCUACCUUUAUAUCUAUGCUUACAUCCUAAAGAAUUUCAAGAUGAAAUCAGGGAAAAAACGUGAGCGGAUGACUAUCACAUUGAGAUUUCGAUCUUACGACAGAUUUGAAGAUAACAUGCGUGAAGCGCAGAAGUGGCGGAAUGCCCUUUCUCACCUAAUCCUCAUGCGAAGAGCGGCGUCCCAGCUUUUAGACUUAGAUGAAAAAUUCCUUCACUCUCCUCGUUCCUCAUCAAGUAAGAAGGAUUUUACUAUCCUCCCUUUCUGCAUAUCGUAAUGUAGGGCCUUGUCU